AUGCCAAACGUGACGGUGAAAUGGGGUCGAGAGAAGUUGAACGUUGAUGCGGAUCUGAAUGAGAUGCCACUCGUUUUUAAAUCACAGUUGUUCGCUUUGACGGGUGUUAUGCCGGAACGACAGAAGGUUAUGAUUAAAGGUAAAAUCCUUGGUGAUGAUAAUUGGAAUGGUAUAACAUUACCAGAUGGCGCGGUCAUUAUGAUGAUGGGUAGCAGUGAUGCACCACCAAAGGCACCCACCGUCAAGCCACAGUUUCUUGAAGACAUGACCGAAGCUGAGGCAGUAGCAGCAGUAAAACUUCCAGUUGGUAUCAAAAAUCUCGGUAAUACUUGUUAUAUGAACGCUACACUGCAAUGCUUUAAGACCAUCCCAGAGCUGACAACUGCAUUAAAUAAAUGUAAUGUAUCAAUCGAUUCGGCCCUUUCAUCAUUAGGUGCGGAUUCAAGUGCGAAAUCCUUAACGGUUGCAGUGAGAGAUCUGUACCGUAUGAUGGAUAACACAAAUACAAGACGUACAUCCAGCGUUAUACCACUUGUCAUGCUGCAGGGUGCGAAUCAUUUAACGGAGCUUGCGAAAGCUAUGAAUGGAAUAGAAACUCGUGAAUUGGAGGAGAUACGCUGGGGUUACAGUCUCAACUGGACUGUGACAUUCAGAAUUUUUUGGCUAGUUGCGGUUGUUGAGUUCAGUACGUGCUCAAAUAUUUGCAUGCAGUGCAUCACUGAGGUUCAGGUACUGCAUCAUGAGUUGCCACAAUUCGCAGCACGUGACGAUCAUGGGCAGUGGAUGCAGCAGGAUGCAAAUGAAUGCUGGACUGAGUUGCUACGUGCUUUCCAGUCACAACUGAAAUUGCCGAAAGGUUCAUUUGAUCAUUCCAUUUCAUUCGUUUGCAUCUCGUUCUCAUCCGCAUUCACUCUUGAAUAUUUUUCAGCGGCAGCAGCAGACGAUGCUGACAAUUCAACGAUACCGUUUGUUACUAAUUACAUGGAAGGAAGAUUCAAAGUGCAAAUGAAAAACCUCGAAUCAGAUGUCGAACCAGUUGUUACGUCGUCUGAGAAAUUUUUACAAUUGAGUUGUUUUCUUGGCCACGAAGUGAAAUACGUUCAGUUGGGUAUAAAGAAUAAGAUGACCGAAGAAAUAGAGAAGAACUCGGAAUUGUUGGGACGUAAUGCGCGUUAUGAGAAGAAAACGCUGAUUGAUCGACUACCAGCCUAUUUGUCUAUACAAAUGGUGCGAUUCUUCUAUAAGGAAAAAGACAACGUGAACGCAAAAGUUUUGAAAGAUGUGAAAUUUCCGAUGAGUUUGGAUGUGUACGAUAUGUGCACGCCGGAAUUGCAAGCAAAGCUGUUGCCGAUGCGAGAAGCAUUCAAGAAAGAAGACGAUGAUAAACUGGAAAAGUUGCGAGCAUCGAAAGGCGGCGAAGACACCACUGCCAAUAAUAAGGAGGAUGAUCCUUCGAAUGCAGCGAAAAAGGAAGAUGAAAAGAAGAGUAUGCCGUACAGCUUCGAAGACGAUCCUGGAUCAAAUAAUAGCGGAUUCUAUGAACUUCAGGGUGUCAUAACGCAUAAAGGUCGUUCUUCGAAUAGCGGUCAUUACGUGGGAUGGGUUCGAACGGAGGGUGAUCACUGGGCGAUGUGCGACGAUGAUGAGGUUCAUCCAGUGCCAAGCGAAGAUAUUUUGAGACUGUCAGGUGGAGGCGAUUGGCACUGUGCUUAUUUGCUUCUUUAUGGUCCUCGUAUAUUGAGGAAGUGA